AUGGUCUUCUUGGACUCGCCUCAGGUCGUAGCGGCAUUGAUUGCUCUGCUCAGCGCUGCUGCGCUCUACCUUAGUCAUCGACAGCGAUCCCCGCUUCCUCCGGGACCCAAGAAGCUGCCGCUCGUCGGAAACCUUCUUGACUUGCCUUCUAGCUACGAAUGGGAGCAGUAUGCGAAGUGGGCAAAGGUGUACGAUACCGACAUCUUGCAUUUGAGCGUUUGCGGGCAGUCUAUCAUCGUUCUCGACACAUAUGAGGCAUGCAUGGCUCUCCUAGAGAAGAGGUCAAAGUAUUACUCAAGCCGACCCGGCCUUACGAUGGCCAUAGAUCUUGUGGGUUUCGAUUUCAACAUUGGAUUCAUUCCAUACGGGAACAGAUGGCGAGCGCGACGGCGCCUAAUCCACGGGAUGCUGCACACUACGGCGUUCCAGCGCUUCAACCCCAUCAUACUUCACUCCACACACGCUCUCUUGAGAGCUUUGCUGGUCGCUGGUGAGGAUGAUCUGGAGGCGGAGCUUCGUCACAUGGCGGCUCGCGUCAUUCUGGGCGCCACGUAUGGACUCGAUAUUCGCACCAAAGAAGAUCCGCAUGUCCUGAAUGCAGAGGCGGUUCAGGGUUAUCUGACAGCUUGCGCGAACCAGGGAUCAUACCUCGUCAACAGCAUCCCGAUCCUGAAGCGCGAUGUGUUCAAGCGACAGGCUAGGGAAUGGAAGGCGCAUGCGCGCUACAUGGUCGACACGCCCUUUGCAGAAGUCAAGAGCAAUCUCUGCGAAACUCCCUUCGCUCCGUCGGUCGCGUCGUUGGCUUUGGAAAAGGGUAUACAGCAGGACGUCAUCAAGGACGCCUGCGCUACGAUGUACAUGGCGGGGACGGACACCACCGUUUGCGCUAUCCUCAACUUCACGCUCGCGAUGAUGGACCAUCCCGAGCACCUCGAGCGUGCCCAACGCGAACUGGACGCAGUCGUACCUGGACGACUGCCCGACUUCGCCGACGAAGAACACUUGCCCUUCGUGACAGCUAUCGUGUUGGAGUCGCUGCGAUAUAUGCCUGUUACACCUGUGGCGAUUGCGCACUACUACACUGGCGAGGAACACGACAUGUACAAGGGAUAUGUGAUACCACCCGGGUCGAUGGCGCACGAUGAGGAAGCUUACCCGGACGCCUACGCUUUCAAGCCGGAUAGGUUCCUAACCUCCGAUGGCAAGAUCAACCGCGACGUGCGCGAUCCCAGCGUCUUCGCCUUUGGGUUCGGACGUCGCAUCUGCCCAGGUCGCCGCCUGGCCUACGCGUCGAUGUGGCUAACAAUUGCCUCCAUCCUGAAGACCUUCGACAUCCGCAAGGCGAAGCGCGCGGACGGCUCGGUCAUCGAGCCGCCUAAGGAAUGGGUGUCGGGCUUGGUGUACCUCUUAAAGCUGUUCAAGUGCCGGCUUGUGUCUCGGAAUGCUGAGACCCAGGCUAUGAUACGCGCGACGACGAAUGAUGCUUGUUGA